AUGGGAUACCGAAGGGCUCCAAGUAGAACUGAUGUAAUUAAGAAAGGAAGAAAUCAGCCACCACAACAAACUCUCAUUAAUGGAAAUGCCUUUAACAGUCGGGUUGACUUCAGCCAAAAUAUUGAGAAGUGGUCCAUAAUCGAGAAGAAAGGAGAUAACUUGGACCCUUGCGUCGUCUCAGAAGUAGUAACGAUGCGGCACCAUCGUAAUCCACUCAAUUUUCCUGCAGAGGUCGUCCACACACCGCUUUAG